AUGGUCGCACUCGGACUUCUUGCCUGUCUUGCGCACUUUGUGCUCUUUACCGGGCACACCACGGCCGCCCCAUCUGCCUCCACGACUAAAGCAUGCCAGGACAUUGAUAGUGCACUACCUGACCGACUCUCCUGGCCCCUUGAGCUGCUUUAUAUUACUGAGACUCAGGAGUACUGGUCCACUGCCCUGCGAGAUCUGCGGCCUGCUUGUGUCGUGCAUCCUAAAAACACAUCCGAAGUGGCGACGAUUGUUCAAAUACUGAACAAUUAUCCUGACGUUAAUUUCUCGGCAAAGAGCGGUGGGCACGACCCUAACCCUGGACAUGGCAGUGUUCAGGAUGGCGUCUUGAUCGCUUUGCGAAAGAUCAGUGGCGCAACCUAUGAUGCAGAGACAAAUUUGGCCUAUGUGAAACCUGGCGGCGAGUGGAAUGAUGUGAUCGGGGACCUUGAGCCGUAUAACGUCACAGUCGUAGGAGGUCGACUUGGCAUUGUUGGGGUAGGCGGUUACCUCUUGCAAGGUGGUAUCUCCUUCCUGAGUGCACAAUACGGACUUGCUGCUGAUAGUAUUGUUGGUUGGGAAACCGUCAUGCCCAAUGGGUCGAUCAUCAAUGUCGACGCAUCUACUCGGCCUGACCUCGCAGUUGCUAUGAAAGGAAGUGGUAGUCAGUUUGGCAUUGUCACACAAUUUACCAUCGAAGCACACCCUAUCGGUGAAGUCUGGGGAGGAUUGCGUAUCUACGACGACACUCAAAGAGAAACACUUUACACGGCUUUGCACAAUUUUGUGCCCAACGGCGCAGAAGACCCCAAGGCAGCCAUCAUCUUUACCGAUGUACUAGCGGUCGGAAGCAUACCGGUAAUCAUAAUCUAUUACUUCUACGACGGAAGCGCGCCGCCGACAACUGGAGCGUUAGCUCAGUUCUUGGAGAUACCGGCACUGGUAGAUCAAACGUUUCCUCGGAAAUACACGGAUCUACUGCAGUCCAACGGGGCACCAGCCGCUUUAUUGAUGUCUCGCGUUUCAUUCAGAACCUGCGCGCCGCCUCCUGAUAUGGCAACGGCCUCGACGCGGUGCAGCAUGGAGCAGGCAGAAAAGGGACGAAGCCGUGCGUCUUCUACCAAGUGCCGCAAUGUCCAGUUCGUCCGAGGGAAACUGUUCACUGUUGUCGCCCCAAAAAAUGUCAUGGGCUUCAUCGGAGGCACGGUACCUAGGUAG